UGUGUGUGUAUGAUGUUUUCACUUUUUCCUUUUCUCCCUUUUCUUUCUCUACACUCCUCUCUUAUAAACGUGUUUUGCUGCAACUUUGUGUGUGUCUCUGAGAGAAAAAAGGGAGAGACUAGUUAAGUUUAGUACUACUAAAUUAGUAGUAACAUGGCAAAUAUGUUACAAAACUGGAUUCUGCAAGAAAAGAAUCGUUUUAACAACUUUCUUUAGUUGUUAACAACCAACUCCUUUUGUUUUUCUAUAUUUGCACAAGCUGUGUUUGUUAUAUUGUGUGUGAGAGCUGAGAGGUGUUAAUGGAUACCAAGGGAAGACUCAUUGCAGGGUCUCAUAACAGGAAUGAGUUUGUUCUUAUCAAUGCUGAUGACACUGCAAGAGUGAAUGCUGUUACAGAAUUGAGUGGACAAAUAUGCCAGAUCUGUGGUGAUGAAGUAGAGGUCACAAUUAAUGGUGAUCCAUUUGUUGCUUGCAAUGAGUGUGCAUUCCCUGUUUGCAAGCCUUGCUAUGAGUAUGAAAGAAGAGAAGGGAACCAAGUUUGCCCUCAAUGCAAAACAAGAUACAACCGCAUCAAAGGUUGUCCUAGAGUUGAGGGUGAUGAAGAAGAGGAUGGUGUUGAUGAUUUGGAGAAUGAGUUUGAUAUUGGCAGCCACCCUCAUCAUCAUCACAUUGCUGAAACAAUGCUAUCUUCUCGCCUUAAUGGUGGAUUAGGAAUCAGUACCACACCUUCAGAGUUUGAUGCAGCUUCUGUGGCAGGUUCUGAGAUCCCUCUACUAACUUAUGGUCAAGAGGAUGUUGGAAUCUCUGCUGAUAAACAUGCCCUCAUUAUUCCCCCAUUCAUGCCUCGUGGAAAACGUGUUCAUCCUAUGCCUUUUCCUGAUUCCUCUGUGCCCGUUCAAGCAAGAGCUAUGGAUCCUAAGAAAGACUUGGCAGUUUAUGGAUAUGGAAGUGUUGCAUGGAAGGAAAGAAUGGAGGACUGGAAGAAGAAGCAAUCUGAAAAACUUCAAGUGGUUAAGCAUGAAGGGUGUAAGGAUCUUGAUGAGUUUGAUGACCCUGAGUUACCAAAAAUGGAUGAGGGGAGACAACCACUAUGGAGAAAGUUGCCAAUAAGUUCAAGCAGAAUAAAUCCAUACAGAAUAAUCAUAGUUCUCAGGAUUGCAAUUCUCUGCCUCUUCUUUCAUUAUAGAAUUCUGCACCCUGUGAAUGAUGCAUAUGCAUUGUGGCUCACAUCAGUCAUAUGUGAAAUCUGGUUUGCUGCUUCAUGGAUUCUUGAUCAGUUCCCAAAAUGGUGUCCAAUUGAAAGAGAAACAUACCUUGAUCGUUUAUCUUUAAGGUAUGAGAAGGAAGGGAAGCCAUCAGAAUUAGCUUGUGUAGAUGUGUUUGUUAGUACUGUUGAUCCUAUGAAGGAGCCUCCACUUAUCACUGCAAACACUGUUCUUUCAAUCCUUGCUGUGGAUUAUCCAGUGGAGAAAGUUGCAUGCUAUGUCUCUGAUGAUGGUGCUGCCAUGCUUACAUUCGAAGCACUUUCAGAGACAUCUGAGUUUGCAAGGAAGUGGGUUCCAUUCUGCAAGAAGUUCAGCAUUGAACCCAGAGCUCCUGAAUGGUACUUUGCACAAAAAGUUGACUAUCUCAAAGACAAAGUUGAUGCAGCAUUUAUCAGAGAGCGUCGCGCUAUUAAGAGGGAGUAUGAAGAAUUCAAGGUGAGGAUUAAUGCAUUGGUUGCGACGGCACAGAAGGUUCCUGAGGAUGGUUGGACAAUGCAGGAUGGGACUCUAUGGCCUGGAAACAAUGUUAGAGACCACCCUGGAAUGAUUCAGGUUUUCCUUGGUCAAAAUGGUGUUCGCGACAUUGAGGGAAACGAAUUGCCUCGCCUUGUUUAUGUUUCUCGUGAGAAAAGACCUGGAUAUGAGCACCACAAGAAAGCUGGAGCUAUGAAUGCUUUGAUCAAUAUGAAAGGUUUAGAUGGAAUCCAAGGACCAAUAUAUGUGGGAACUGGGUGUGUCUUCAGGAGGCAUGCACUUUAUGGAUAUGAUGCCCCCUCUUCCAAGAAACCACCACGGAGGACGUGUAACUGUUGGCCUAAAUGGUGUUGCUGCCUCUGUUGUGGAUCUCAGAAGAAGAAGAACAAAGGGAAGUCAAGUAUGAAAAUGUUAAAGAAUAAGGAUGAUACAAAGCACAUGCAUACACUAGAAAACAUAGAAGAGGGAAUUGAAGGAGUUGAGAGUGAGAAGUCACUAUUGAUGUCUCAACUGAAAUUUGAGAAAAAAUUUGGGCAAUCUGCUGUGUUCAUAGCUGCAACACUUAUGGAAGAUGGAGGCCUUCCAAAAGCAGCAAGUUCUGCUACACUCUUGAAAGAAGCCAUUCAUGUAAUUAGUUGUGGUUAUGAAGAUAAGACAGAAUGGGGUAAAGAGGUUGGGUGGAUAUAUGGCUCAGUUACAGAGGAUAUUCUAACAGGUUUCAAGAUGCACUGUCAUGGCUGGAGAUCGGUUUAUUGCAUGCCGAAAAGGCCUGCUUUUAAGGGUUCAGCCCCUAUAAAUCUUUCUGACCGUCUGCAUCAAGUUCUCCGGUGGGCGCUUGGAUCGGUUGAGAUCCUGUUUAGUAGGCAUUGUCCUCUAUGGUAUGGUUAUGGUUGCGGCUUGAAGUGGCUAGAGCGGUUUUCUUACAUAAACUCAGUUGUUUAUCCUCUCACUUCAAUUCCCUUGAUUGCCUACUGCACUUUGCCUGCUGUGUGUCUUCUCACUGGGAAGUUCAUAGUCCCUGAGAUUAGCAACUAUGCCAGCAUAAUUUUCAUGGCACUCUUCAUCUCUAUAGCUGCAACUAGCAUACUGGAAAUGCAAUGGGGAGGAGUUGGCAUACAUGACUGGUGGAGGAAUGAGCAGUUUUGGGUGAUCGGUGGCGCCUCCUCGCACCUCUUUGCCCUCUUUCAAGGGUUGCUAAAGGUCCUAGCAGGAGUUAACACAAACUUCACUGUGACAUCCAAAGCUGCAGAUGAUGGAGAGUUUGCUGAACUCUACAUAUUCAAGUGGACAUCAUUGUUGAUUCCUCCAUUGACAUUGCUCAUAAUAAACAUCAUUGGAGUUAUUGUUGGUGUCUCUGAUGCCAUAAACAAUGGCUAUGAUUCUUGGGGUCCUCUCUUUGGGAAGCUGUUCUUUGCACUUUGGGUCAUUGUCCAUCUUUACCCCUUCCUCAAGGGUGUUAUGGGAAAACAAGAAGGUGUUCCUACAAUCAUUUUGGUUUGGGCUAUUCUCCUUGCUUCAAUCUUGACACUUCUUUGGGUGAGGAUCAACCCUUUUUUGGCCAAAAAUGACAUUGUUUUGGAACUUUGUGGAUUGAAGUGUGAUUGAUGACUAAGGCACAUAAACAAAAUCAAAAUUUGCAUAAACUUUUUUGUCAAAUAACAUCAGUAGAUGCAGAAGAAUCUCUUGGUGAGAGACACUGCUACAGAAAGGGUUCAUUGUGGUGGAUGUUUGUAGAUAUACAAAAGGGCUGUGCAUAAAACAAUUUAGAGUUUCAUUAUUCUUUUUUUAUACAUGUGCUUUCUGUGGGUUACAUAAGCUUGGAUUCAAGGUUAGUUUAAAUUCCCAUAGAUGAGGUGAGGAGGUUGUAAUUUAUAGUUUCUUUCUGAAUAAGGCAUCUCAUAUUUGUAACCAAAAGUGAUUUUGUUCUAGCUUUUGCACCAAGUGAAUAAAACAUGAUCAGUUCAUAGCA